AUAGAUUUUAAUAUAUAUAUAUAUACAAUUCUUAAUUUUUCACUGAUUGAUGUCAUUUACAGUAUAUUUUAUUUUAUAUGUGCAAAUAUUGAAAAUUUAAUACUGGAAUAUAUAGAAUGUAUGUUAUAUUUCUAUAUUAAAAUGUGUAAUAAUUAAUUCGAAAGCAAUGGAUAGAGGAAAACAAGCAAGUAUUGUGACAGAUAUCAGUUCGAUGGAAAACACAUUAAUCAUCGAUUGCAAUGUUUAUAAUGAUUGUACAUAACAAUUGAAUGUACUUGUUUUAAUCUUGUGGAAAUUAAAUAUACAUAUAUCUAAUAUCUCGAGUCCCUUCCAUCUUAAGAGCACGGCAUCGAAUUAUCAAUUUUUCACUUCAAUUGUUUUCAUCGUUUUUUCAACUAACAUGAAUGCGAAUUUAAAAGCCUGCGUUUCUAUAAAAGAAGAGCAAUUUUACAUCUUAGAAGUUUUCAUCGAUUCUGUCACUUUGUAUGCCGAGAAGUUGCAGAAAAUCCCUCCAAACGAGCUAGGCGUUGAUCUCCAAUUUAUCGAUAUGCCAUUGUUUCGAAUCUUUCAAAGUACUUUCCUCUUAACCAAACCAGACAGAUCGAAAGAGAUAACACGCGGCUACGGGUUGCACACCGUGAACUUCAACGCCGGUAAGAUAUACUUGUUCACCAAGAACCCUGGCGAGCUUGUAGAAAAAAUGCGAUCGAAACCGUUAUUACUAGACGUGUAUAGAAUCAAAGAGAUCGUUGUCUGCCCCGAGGAGGUGUUAAAGGAUCCACUAGGGAACUCUGUAAUUCCAGUGCCAGGCUGCCUCUGCGAUUACGUGAUGAUGCCGGGCAACGAUAUAUUUCACCUGCCGAAGCCGUACGAGAUCAAAAAUACUUUUUGCCUCGUGGAUGAGGAAUACAGACCGACCGGUUACAUACGCAUCUUCUUCAGAAUGACCUGUUUCGGGACGUACACCGUCCAUCCGUUUUCAAUCGUCGACAAGAAAUUGUUAUUCAAGAACACUGGCUCCUUCAACGAGUUUUUAUGUACCAAAGUGCCGUACUUAGACGAAGAUGAGAGAAGAGCUUCCGAGGCAGGUGCAAAGUUCUGCCUGCCUGAUAAAGUGCCCGAGGAGAGUGAACUGGACACACCUCCGAGACCGGUUAAUAUAGCCGGUUUGAUACUCGCCUGUAAAGAAUUGUCGCGAAGAGACGGGUAUCCCCCGAAUGUCAUUCCUCCGAACUACCCGCCGAAAAUACCACAGGUACACGUCGAGGAAGUUCCAUUUGACAUUGACAAGGCGAGACGGAAAGAAUUCAAAGAGAUAAUUGAAGAGGAACCUGGUAUCAUCGUUGGUACAGAAUUUGUCACAACACACAGAGCGUGUAUCAACAUCGGAUGCGCUGGUAACAUUUGCUCGGGUCAAAAGUAACCAUAGAUACUGUUAUUUCUUUGUAAAAAAUUGACGAUCCUGCGAGGUAACAAAAAGAAGUCAAAAUAUAAAGAAACAACAGCGUGCAUCAACUGAGCAAAGGUUUCGUGACGUUCAACCGUGUAGUACGCAAACGACUACCAAAGAUGUCGCAUCGAUGUCACCUCCACUCAGGCUGUAAGGCUGUAAGUCACUUUCCGUGCGGAACCAAAUACAGUGAGGUGUAAGCGAGGGACCACUCCUUCCAAUCAUGAGAUUUUUUCGAAGUUGCACGCAACGAGUUCAACAUUGAGGAAAAAGCCGAGUUUUCGGGAUCGCGCGGACGCGUGCCAGUGGCAAUUAAUUGUGAUAUGUGGAUUUGACUGGAAAGAAACAAUUCGUUCGAGAAAAUGUGGAUCUGGAUUCUGGUGUUAACCUUUGCGUACGGGAACGGCCAGUUCCCGCAAGAACCGAGCGAAUCGACGCGUACUCCUUGGAAUCGGUUCGACGACAGAGACCAGACCGGAUUCGGAUUACGAGGUUCCGGAAACUCAGUCGACAAUGUCAUAAUAAAAGAGGCUACUUACUUCGUGGUCGCAUCUCGAAUGGUUAGACCAGGACAGAUCUACCGAUUAGACGUAAAUGUCUUGUACAGUCCACUGCCAAUGAUGGUACGUUCGUCCAUUCAAAGGAAUGGAGUAGAGAUAGCUGCGGACUUUCAAGAAGUAAAGGAGGGCAUACCGGAAACUCUGAUGAUGAGAUUGCCACCUACGUCCGUUAACGGGGAAUACAGAUUAAGAGUGGAGGGAACGUACAACAGCCUGACUGGGGGCCAAGCAUUUUUAAACGAGACCAAGCUCACCUUUUCGCAACGAUCAAUGACUAUAUUCAUUCAACUGGACAAACCUGUGUAUAUGCAAGGGGAAACUAUACGAUUCAGAACCAUACCGAUUGAUACUGAACUCAAAGCAUUCAACAAUCCCGUGGACGUGUACAUGUUGGACCCGUACAGAAGAAUAAUGAGAAGAUGGUUAAGCAGACAGAGUAAUCUGGGAACAGUGUCUCUGUCCUAUCAGUUGUCCGAUCAACCAGUUUUUGGAGAAUGGAUUAUACAAGUGAUAGCGCAAAGUCAAGUGGAGGAGAAGACUUUCUUGGUCGAGGAAUAUUAUCAAACGCGUUUUGAAGUGAACGUCACCAUGCCCGCAUUCUUUUUUGACAAUGAUCAAUACAUAACUGGCAUAGUCCAAGCAAAUUACACCAGCGGUGCGCCAGUGAGGGGAAAUUUAACUCUAAAAGCACGAAUUAAGUCGCUGGAUAAAACGUACACGGAAUCUGGCUCUGAACCAGUGGAGAGAUACUUUUAUUUCGACGAGUAUUACCCCGCGUGGUUGAAAGUUUCGAAUUAUUUGGAAAACAAGAUUCCCGUGCUGAGAUUUUUCAACGGGACCUAUCAUUUCCGGUAUCCGAUGUCGGAGUUGUUGAACUUCGUACCCACUGCGAGCGGGAUGGAGAUCACCGUGACCGCGAUAGUCGGCGAAAGAUUUUUAGACGAGAUAAUCACCGGUUACUCCACGGCCCGGAUAUUCAACUCCACCACGAAGAUACGAUUUCUGGGCGGCUCGCCGCAGGUUUUCAAGCCGGCGAUGCCAUUUGUCUUGAACUUGGUAGCGUCGUUCCACGACAAUUCGGCGUUGAGGCCGACGCAGUUGAAAGGUGCUGUAAUGGAGAUCCGCGCGGAUAUCGAGAUGAGAGCCGGUGGCCGUAGAAUACUGGAAACGCAAUAUCUGAAACAUUCGGCCGACAACGAGGCUAUUUGGUCUACCAGGAUCGACUUAAGGAAACAGCUUGGCCUCGAGCACAACACGGAUCACGCGCAGCAAAUUCUCAACGAUAUCACUUCUAUGAAAGUCUUUGCUUAUCUCACCGACGGGGAAGGAUCCAGAACGCAGACUGAAUUGCUACUGUUGGCGCACGAGUCGCCGAAUCAACAGCACAUAAAAAUCUCAACGUCCACGGAGAAGCCCCGAGUCGGCGAGUACAUGAUAUUCCACGUUCAAACGAAUUUCUACAUCGACACUUUCAACUACCUCAUCAUGGCGAAAGGUACGAUACUUCUGGCGGGGCAGGACAACAUGCAGCACAAUAUUAAAACGAUCGCCGUUCCACUGAGCGCGGAAAUGGCCCCCGUUGCGACUGCAGUUGUGUACCACGUUGGACAGUACGGUAACGUGGUGGCUGACUCUCUGACCUUCUCCGUGAAUGGCAUUUCACGCAACAACUUCACCGUGUUCAUAAACAACAAGAAGGCCAGGACAGGUGAGAACGUUGAGAUAGCCAUUUACGGUGAACCAGGAGCGUACGUCGCUCUCUCUGGGAUAGACAGAUCUUUCUUCACGAUGCAAGCAGGCAACGAGCUGACUUACUCCAACGUUAUAACGAAAAUGGCCCAUUUCGACGAGGAGACGAACGGAACUCAUUUCCACACGUGGCUGUUCCACGAGGGUGACCCAGACGAGGUCGUUUACUUCCCAUCCUCUACCUUUGGCAUAGACGUCAACAGAACAUUCGAGUACAUCGGUUUAGUUGUGUUCACAGAUGCCUUUAUUUACCGAAGGCCUGACAACUGCAACGCGACCCAAGGAUACAGGGAGUGCCUCUCUGGAAGAUGUUAUAGAAUAGAGAAGAAAUGCGACGGGGUGUACGACUGCGAGGAUGGCACCGACGAGGCAGCCUGCGAGUACAGAAACGCCACUGACAUCGCGUUGUUCAGGAAAUGGCGGUUCAACAGGUUGCAAAGGCAAUACGAGAACGUGUGGCUGUGGAAGGAUAUCAACAUUGGCCCUCACGGUAGAUACAUCUUCAACAUAGACGUGCCGAGGAGACCGGUUCAGUGGAUGGUCACGGCGUUUAGUAUGUCUCCAAGUAUGGGCUUCGGCAUGUUGCCAAAAGCCAUCGAGUAUAUGGGCAUCUUGCCAUUCUACAUUAACGUGGAGAUGCCCACUCACAGCAAACAAGGCGAGCAAAUCGGGAUCCGCGUCUCCGUUUUCAAUUAUCUGCAGAACAACAUAGAGGCUGUGGUGGUUCUAACCGGAUCCAAGGACUAUAAAUUCGUUCACGUCGAAGACAACGGUAUUGUACAGUCGUACAAACCUCGCACGUCUUUCGGUGAACACCAGUUCUUCGUUUGGAUCCCCGCACAGGAUGCUUCCAUCGUCUAUCUGCCUAUCGUGCCAGUAAGGCUUGGAGAUAUCAAAAUACACAUCUAUGCGACCACCGUGAUUGGAAGGGAUUCGGUCACGCGUACCUUGCACGUAGAAGCCGACGGCCUUCCUCAACACCGACAUCAAUCCAUCCUGCUCGACCUCAGUAAUCGUGCUUACGUGUUCCAGUAUAUGCACGUUAACAUAACAGAGACACCAAUCAUACCCUAUGACGAGAAUCGUUACUACGUGUUUGGGUCGAACAAGGCUGUGAUAAGUUUGGUCGGUGACGUGGUCGGGCCGAUUUUCCCGACGAUGCCAGUCAACUCCACGAGCCUCAUGAAUCUUCCCAUGGAUUGCGCCGAGCAGAAUAUGUUCAGCUUCGCCGCUAACUUGUACACGACGUUGUACAUGCGUCUGCUCAAUCAACGUAACAGGACGCAGGAGAGGGAGAGCUUCUAUCACAUGAACAUUGGCUAUCAGAGGCAAUUAUCGUUCAUGAACCCCGACGGUUCGUUCAGCUUGUUCCGCAGCGAUUGGAACCAGUCCUCGCCAAGCGUUUGGCUGACAGCGUACUGCGCUCGUGUUUUGCAAGAGGCACGUUUCUACGAGUGGGAGAAUUAUCUCUACAUCGACCCCGAGGUAAUAGCCCAGGCUGUGUCUUGGUUACUGAAGUAUCAAACGCCCGAGGGAUCGUUCUACGAGGUCACAUGGAUGCCCGAUCGUAAGAUGAACAGCUCUCUGAAUUACGACAACGACAUAAUAGUUCAUAGAAAUAUCAGUCUCACGGCUCAUGUGCUAAUCACGUUGCAAAGCGUGAAGGAUCUGCCCGAGGGUCUAGGAACUCAAGUCGCUGUGAGUGCCGUCGGCGCGGUCAAGUGGUUGGAAAGGAACCUGAAGUUGUUGGAAGAGCGAGGAAAACCCUACGAGAUAGCGAUAGUGUCGUACGCUCUUUUGUUGGCGAAAGCCUCCACCGCGGGGCAAGCUUUCAACAUUUUGUCCAGGCAUGCCCGCAGAGAGGGAGGAUUGACUUACUGGGGCAGGGAACAAGUACCUCUUCCCCCGUACAAACUGGAAAAUCAGAAACCAUUCCUUCUUCCCCGGUUGCCGUACAUCUACGACUCGGAGAACAUCGAGACCACCGCGUACGCUCUUCUGGUGCACGUUGCUCGACAAGAGGUGAUGAUAGAGCCCAUAGUGAAGUGGCUGAACGCGCAGAGGCUGACGGACGGUGGUUGGGCCUCGACGCAGGACACCGCGUGGGCGAUGAAAGCGUUGAUGGAUUACACGGUCAGGUCAAGGAUUCGAGACGUCAGCUCGUUGACCGUCACCGUGGAAGCCACGGCUCUUCCAGGACAAACUAAAACGCUGUUUGUCAAUGACAAUAAUCUUGCGAGGCUGCAGACCAUAGAGAUACCGGAAGCGUGGGGAACGGUAAAGGUACAAGCAAAGGGUGCCGGUUACGCAAUUUUGCAAAUGUCUGUACAGUACAACGUGGACAUCGCUAAAUUCAUAACACAACCGCCUGUCAAGUCUUUCGACUUGAUAACGAGAGCGAAUUUUCAUGGCAGAAAUCAGUCUCACAUAUCGUACCUCAGUUGCCAGAGCUUUCCUUUUUCCCUCACCAGGUGGAUAAAUACGAAUGAGUCUUCUCGUUCUGGAAUGGCUGUGUUGGACGUGGCUAUUCCAACAGGUUAUAUAAUUCAACAACAGACAUUGGAUACAUACAUCCAGUCGAAACAGGUGAGAAAUCUUCAGAGGGCACGUUUCCAGGAGAGGAAAGUUCUCUUUUAUUUCGAUUACUUGGACCAAGAGGAAACGUGCGUGAAUUUUACUAUAGAGAGGUGGUUCCCCGUUGCGAAUAUGUCGCGAUAUCUUCCCAUCAGAGUUUAUGACUACUAUGCUCCAGAACGUUUCAACGAAACUAUAUUCGACGCCCUGCCCACUUACACGCUAAAUAUCUGCGAAGUUUGCGGCAGCUCUCAAUGUCCUUACUGUCCGAUUUACAACACUGCCACGAUGUUAGCCACGCCAACAGGUUUUCUGCUUGCGAUUUCCGUUCUAGUUGUCGUGACGAGAUACUUUCGAACACAGGAGUUUAGCGCUGGUUAAUCUUUACAUUUGCAACAUAUGAUUUAACAAAACAAAAAAAAAAGAAAAAAAAAUGAAAAGGGAAAGGUGAAUAUUCUCAGUUUUAUUUUUUACUUUGCAUUGCCGUGUUAUCUCAAUUUUUCUUUCCACAAAUCUCUGUCAUUUUUUUCCACAAGGUGCAAAACCUGAAAAUGCACGUACACGCGAUCAAUUAAAAAUAAUGUUCCAGUUAAUUGUAAUCAUCUUCUUUUUUAUUAUUACUGCAGUAUUUCAUUACGUUCUAACGAAAAAAUAAAAUCCGUCCAUUUGUAAUUUGUUAAGAUAUAUAUCGACAAUUUUAUAUUUAUAUAAUCUAGAAACUUUAAUAAAAACACGUAUUUUUAUACAUUUCUUAACUUCACAGUAUUUGACGUUUUAUAUCGAUUUAUUCAAGUGUUUUCAGCGUUUUACGUAUAGUUUAACGAUUCAAAACCGUAGUUGAAACAAUAUGUUCUAGGAGGCAAAGAAUUUUCAAGUACAAAUGAUACUUAGUCGAGAUCGAGUUUUUGUAAGUGUGACACACCAAAAAAACAAAUUUUUAUAGAUCUUUUAGUAAUAACUUCCAUUGUGAAAUUAUGUUCAUCUUGUUCUUCUCGUUUUCAAUCGAUUUUUUGAAAAUUCAGAUUUUGUUGAAUCUCACUGUUUUCUUUUUUUUUUUUUUUUAUAAUUCUACGUCUUUCUCGCAAUGCUCUCCUGCUUUUAAGAUAUGUUCGAAAACUACGUUGCAACUUUUCUGUUCAAACGUGCCACGUUCUUUGCAUUAAUUCUUUAUGAUUUGAAAAAUCAUGCUCAUAAAUCGUGCCUUCGCGAUGCCUCUUGAACACUGUCAAUUUACGAAUCGAAGAUUUACAUUCCGAUUGAGAAAAGUUGCUAUCGAUCGGGAAUUCGUGUAAAUAAUAGGUUUAGAAAAAAGGAUCUACGAAUAUUGACGUCAUUCUGACGCAUGCUUGUCGUACUUUUCCGAGUGUAAGAAAAAAGAAGCAUGACAAUACAUAUGAGAUAUAUUGUUCGAAUGUAUUUUGUCUCUAGAAAAAGUUUUAUAUUCUUCUGUAUAGUUAUUUGUCCGUUCAAAUAUCAAAGAUCUAUUUUUUAGUAAUUGUGACAAAAUGAUGCAUUAACUUGUAAGUUUUUUAAGAAUGUUAUGUCGUUGAUAUUUUGAAAAUGUGCGACAUUUUUACUUAAUUGAUCAUUUAUUCAAUAAUUCGUUAAAAGUGUUUUUUUUUUUUUGUGUGUGUGUAAAAAAGAAAUGAUAAACAUUUUUAAAAAUAUUGUCGCAUAUUUUCGAAUGAUGUAAUAGCGCAUAUAAUAUUACUAAUACCGUCCAUGAAAAAGUCUGCUUCGUAAUAAAACAAUAAGAUGUACUAAUAUUAAUAACUCGUUAUAAAGCGAGCGCGUACAGCCAUCGCAUCGUUUUUGUAUCAUUAACUUUUUUGAUGUUAAGACCACGAGUUUUUUUUUUUAUUGAUUGUAACGUGAAUUAAAUUAUUUGUAAAUCAAAUUUUUAUAAAGCUGGCUGUUCGCUCGUGUUGUCCGUCCGAAGAUAUAUCUAAACCAUCGGAAAUGAAAAGAGCAGCAUUUAACGUAUGUUGAACAUAUUUUCAAGUUUUAUAACCUUUAUACAAAUAAAAUAAGUGAAAAAAGAUACUUUGCUUACAUUUUCUCUUUUCGCAUUAUAAAAGAUACUUCGAUAAUUAUUAUCGUAUAAUAUAUCAAGAUAUAUUCUGAAUAAUUUUGUACAUCGUAUGUACUACAUAGAUACACACAUAUAUGUACAAUACACUUUAGUUUUAAAUGCUUACCUACGUGCGUAUUUAUACGCAAAAAUAUAUUCUGAAUAGAUAGUACAUUACACAGCACUACAAUUUAAGACAAAUUUGAAGACCAAAGUAGAAUAACUUUGGAUUACUUUUUGGAUGAAAGUUUGAGUUCUGGACCAAUCUUCAGUUUUAAAUAUACAUGCGUGUUUAUACACAAAAAUAUAUUUUGAAUAGAUAGUACAUUUCACAGUACUACUAUUCAAGACCAAAGUAGAAUAA